CUUAUCGCCGCCUCGCCUGUUCACAUGAAUCCACAUCCACCGGUCUCGCAGACUUGGAAAGUUGGAGGCCAAAAACAACUCUUACACUACGAGCAGCGACAGCUUACAACCAUGGUAGAUACGCUAGGAAAUCAUACAGUGUACGGGAAAUGGACCCAACAAAGAAAUCCCCGUCUCUGCUUUGAGCCUUUGACAACGAUGCGUUAGCAACUAACCAGGCAAGCCAUUCGUAGUUCAGUCCAGCGUGAGAUCUUCCGUUCUUGCAGUUUCUCAGAGCUCUUACAGGUUAUGGAGGUUGCAUGCUUUCUUCUACCUGUCGUCCUUGUCCUCUACUGGUUGAAUCCUGCUGCGGCCGUCGGCGGCGGCGGCGGCGGCGACGGCCAGGACCAGUUCGUCUUCUCGGGCUUCGCGGGCAGCAACCUCACCCUCGACGGCACGGCGACCGUCACUGCAUCCGGCCUCCUCGAGCUCACCAACGGCUCGAGCCAGCUCAAGGGCCACGCCUUCUUCCCGGUCCCUCUUCACUUCCGCGCGUCUCCGGGCGGCACCGUGCGGUCCUUCUCGGCCUCAUUCGUGUUCGCCAUCCUCUCGACCUACCCGUCCCUCAGCUGCCACGGCAUCGCCUUCGCCGUGACGCCCAGCACGGACCUCACCUCCGCGCUGGCCGCGCAGUACAUGGGCCUCGCCAACAUCGACGACAACGGCAACGCGACAAACCACUUCUUCGCCGCCGAAAUCGAUACCAUGCAGAACGUCGAGUUCCAGGACAUCAACAACAACCACGUCGGCGUCGACAUCAAUGGCCUCCGCUCCAUGGAGGCGCACGAAGCAGGGUACUACGACGACCGCAACGGGAGCUUCCAUGGCAUGAACCUGAUCAGUGGCGAGAUGAUGCAGGCGUGGGUGGAGUAUGAUUCGGACGUCGCACGGAUCAACGUCACCAUCGCUCCCAUUGGCAUGUCCAAACCAGUAAGGCCACUCGUCUCUGCCGCAUACAACCUCUCGGAUGUGCUAGUGGAGCCGUCAUAUGCCGGCUUCUCGUCCGCGACCGGCCCCAUCAACUCCCGGCACUACAUUCUUGGUUGGAGCUUCGCCAUGAACGGACCUGCGCCGGCGAUCGAUAUCGCCAAGCUGCCAAAGCUACCUCGCCUCGGCCCGAAGCCUCGGUCGAAGGUCUUGGAAAUCCUGCUGCCAAUUGCCACCGCAGCAUUCAUUAUCACUCUAGGCAUUCUUGCUGUUGCACUUGUGAGAAGGAGAAUGAGGUAUGCCGAGCUACGGGAAGAUUGGGAGGAUGAAUUUGGACCGCAUCGAUUCUCGUACAAGGAUCUGUUCCAUGCAACCGACGGAUUCAAGGACAAUCAUCUUCUCGGGGAAGGAGGGUUCGGCAGGGUGUAUAAAGGAGUGCUUUCCACAUCUAAAUCAGAGGUCGCUGUGAAGAAGGUGUCCCACGAGUCGAGGCAGGGGAUGAAGGAGUUCGUCGCCGAGGUUGUUAGUAUUGGCCGCAUCCGACACCGCAACCUCGUGCAGCUACUCGGCUACUGCCGGAGAAAAGGUGAACUCCUUUUGGUAUACGACUACAUGCCAAAUGGCAGCCUCGAUAAAUAUUUGUCUUGUAAAGGGGAAACGCCAAUGUUGGAUUGGGCUCAGAGGUUUCGGAUCGUCAAAGGUGUUGCCUCCGGUUUGCUGUACCUUCAUGAGAAGUGGGAUAAAGUUGUGAUUCACCGGGAUAUCAAAGCAAGCAACGUACUCCUUGACAAAGAAAUGAAUGGACGGCUCGGUGACUUCGGCCUUGCAAGAUUACAUGACCAUGGCACCGAUCCUCAGACCACACAUAUGGUUGGCACCAUGGGUUACCUCGCUCCGGAACUGGUGCGCACAGGCAAGGCAUCACCUCUCACAGAUGUUUUCGCUUUUGGCACAUUCCUCCUUGAGGUCGCAUGUGGGCAAAGGCCUAUCAUGGAAGAUCCACAAGGCGAUCAACUUUUGUUGGUCGAUUGGGUACUCGAGCACUGGCACAAUGGGACGCUCCUUGAGACGGUGGAUACUAGGCUGCAGGGCAACUAUAACACCGAUGAGGCAUGCCUGGUGCUAAGACUUGGACUGCUGUGCUCGCACCCUUCUGCAAAUGCAAGGCCAAGCAUGCAACAGGUAAUGGACUACCUUGAUGGAGACGCACCAGUUCCGGAGCUGGCAUCGACACACUUGAGUUUCAAUAUGCUUGCCCUAUUGCAAAACAAAGGGUUAGACCCGUAUGUUGCGGCAUAUCCUCCAUCAUCAAAGAUGAGCUUCGGAACUGUAUCUGACAUAUCAGGAGGAAGAUGAUACUCUGAAUCUCUCUUAUUUGCAUGGUGCUUUAUGCUACCAUGUAUGUUUGCUUGGCACAAUUUUGCCAUCUCUUAUAGCCAUAUGGAUUGGGUCCUACCAAAAAUAUAUAGCAAGCAGGUGUAGUAGAAUCAGGAACAUGUGGUAAGUGAUAGAUAUGCUGAAAAUCCUUUUUCCACAUGGGCUGUUCUGUCACAAGAUGCCGGUGAGAAGAAGCAAGCUAGGAAGCUUAGAGAACAAUUGAUCCGGCUGCUGAGGGCAGAGUAAACCCUUUGAUACUGAUAGACUGCCCAAAGUACACAGCACCUUCUAACUUUUGCAGUAAUCCGAUGAAGUGUGCUGAAGAAAUACACUUGUGAAUUGAGUACCAGAGAUACUUUUCUUUUGGGAUAUUUGGUGAAGUGUACAUUCUUCUGAAGAAAUAUCAUCUCUCGUUUUAGCC